GUUGAAAAGAAAAACUUAAGCCUGUAACAUGGAUAUGGAUUUUAACAACGACCUUGAGAAACGCAUUUCGGAUGCCUUCUGUGUGUUUGAUCAUCAUGGCGAAAAGUUCAUAGAUGUGCGAGAAGUGGGCACUGUUCUCAGACUUUUGGGUUGUGUGCCCACCGAGGAGGAAGUGAAUGAAGUAAUCUCUGCCACAGAAUCGGAGGAGACCAGUGGCGAAGUGCAUUUGACCAAGUUCUUGCCACAUGUCUCGCAAUUGCUCAUGGAACGAAAAAUGGAGCCUGCUCCACCGGAGAAAAUUCUGCAGGCAUUUAAGAUACUGGAUCCUGAAAACAAGGGAUAUCUUACCAAGGAGAGCUUUGGAAAACUAAUGAUGGAGGAGGGGGAGCCCUUCACCCAGGAGGAAAUGGAUGAGAUGUGGCCAGUGGCCAUAGAUCCAAUCAGCGGACACAUUCCCUAUGAGUUCUACUUGAAUCAAUUGAUGGUGUAUCUGUAAAAGUGAAGGCAGAGCUUUAUAAAUUCCUCAAAAUAUUCUACCAUUAAAGUUUGUAUUAUUUGUACUUAAUGCAAUUUGAAAGCAUAGUAACAAAAAUUUAAUUCUGAUUCAAUGUCAGAUUUUUGCCUUUUCAA